AUGGGUAUCAUGGGCCACCACAAUCUCGACCCUGUCGUCGAGCCUAUCGCCUUAUUCGAACAAUUUGUCGCGGCGGUGCCGCAAACAAUUGUCCUGAGAGAAAAGGUGCUCUCCGUCACCGGGGACAGCUUCGAUAUCAAAUUGGCAAAUGGUGAGACUCUCUUGAAAGUGCACGGAAGCUGGGUAUCAAUUUCUGGCCGCAAGAAAGUCGAGGACGUUCAUGGCAAGCACCUGUUUGAUAUUGUGAAGGAGCAUCUGCAUAUCCAUUCGACCUAUGCGCUUGAAGAUACCCACCGCAAGAAGAUCUGCGAGGUCAAGAGUAGUCUCAGAUUGAUCGGUUCCAAAGCCGCCGCCACUUUCACUGAUCGUAACGGCAAGGCAGUGACUUUCACUAUGAAAGGAGGCUGGUUCGAUCAUAGUGCCGAUAUUGUUAAUGACAAAACCGGCCAAACGGUGGCUCGCAUUGACCGGAAACUGCUUAGCGGCCGCGACCUUGUGUUUGGCCAGCAGACCUACGCGGUCGUUGUGGCACCUGGUGUGGACGCAGCACUGAUUGCCGCCUUGUGCAUAUGCUUUGAUGAGAAGAACAAUGAGGAGCGCGGCGAGUAA